AUGCCGGGAUACAAAUUCGAUGUGGACGAGGCAACUCUUCUCAAGGCGUACAAGUUAUCUUCUCUGAAUCCAAAACGAUGGGAGCAAAUCGACCAAGACACCGAAGACGCAAACGAGACCACCCAAAGUGGUGACCUGGAAGGCGAUGUCCUGGGCUUAGGGACGCGCGUCAAUGCAAAGGAUUUAGGCCCGGAGUCUAGUGAGGGAAUCACCUCUAAGCACUUCGAUCCAAAGACAUUCCUGUCUGCCGUCCACCCAAAUGCAACAUACCAGGACUUGGCCUCGGGGAUAGCCCACUUACGGGCAUCGAUAGACUCACGCUCUGAAGCGAUGCGAAUUCUGGUGGAGGAUAAUUUCGACCGUUUUGUCGCUGUGAAAGCAUCCACGGACGCUCUGUAUGCUGAAAUGAAGGAAGGAAUCCUUGCUCCAGAUACCGAUUUUGCCACCAAGCCGCUACGUGAUCAGCUGAAAUUGGCAGCUGUGAAGGCGGACCAGGUCUUCCUUCCUGUCCUUGAGAAUGCGUCCAAGGCACAUAAACUGCGAUCAACGCUGGGUGUCUUCGACCGCUCCAAGUUCUUCUUCAACCUUCCCGGGGCCAUUAUUGAAGCAGUGGAUGCCGGGCGAUAUGAAGUCGCGUUGCGUGAUUACAAGAAGGGUAAAUUCCUGUUGGAGAAUAGACCCGGUCAACUUCUGCCUAUAAGUAGUUCCAAGGAAGGUUCAUCUUCGCAAUCCGCCGAGGAGCAGCAGAAACGUAUCCUUGAGAAGGUUUGGGGGAGUGUGGAGAAGGCGAUGGGGGAGAUGCGAACUAUCCUUUCUGCCCAGCUCCAGGACGCUAGUCGCAGCAUAGACGAGCAGGAAAAGACUAUCGAAAUUUUGUUAGACCUACAGAACUCUGAUGAUUCAGUGUGGACAUUCUUCGAUAGCCAGCAUAAACUGAUAAUGGAUCAAAUGAAUAACCAUUACAAGACCUCUGUCACCAACAUCAAAGCCAUGCUGGAGGCACCGCCGCCUCACGAGGCCCCGAACCCCGCUGCUCAAACAAUCCAACUUGCGUCUGAAUUGAGAACAUGCGUCAACGCCCUUGAAGGUAAAGACCAAGAGACCAUCUUGAGCAAAGCUCCCGGGAAUGAGAUAUGGCAAGCUAUAUUGGAUAUGGUGAAGACGGUCUCUGAGAGCAUGUUGACAUCCUUGCCAAAUUUCUGGAAGAUCGCGAAGUCGUUCUUGGAGGGUAAGUUUAAGAAGCAAGGUUCCUCUCAAUCGAGCAAUCGGCGCAGUCCCACUCAAUGCCGCAUCAUGGCUCUCGACAUCGUAAAGCUUUACGUGUCAUUGGUCUCUGAAUUCUUCAAGCUGUCCGACAUGGCCAUCAUGGCGUCCCCGGGCAGGGCAAAUGAACCGCUUCCAGCACUGCUGCCUCAGAACUCCAACUCUUUGACCACGGUCCACUUCUUAAUGAAGAUCCUUAACGAGAUCCAAGAGACUGUGAACGAUCUCACGGCGCUGGAUAUUUCUACAGAUUCUGCUUCCAGUCUCAGGAGCUUACUAGACAGUACCAAGUGGCGAUUCGAAGACAUCCUUAUUGCGACUUGGUUAAGAGAUGCGAAUAUGUUUUAUUACCUUGAGGACUGGGUUUCCAAUUCAGUCGAGACCUCAACUCCUCGGUAUUUGUCACAUCUAGAGGUGUUUCAAAGGCACAUUACAACAGCGGCGUUCAAGAUUGCUGGCGGCGUGGACCUUACUCCCAGUCCUUCCUUAACCAAGCCACAGAAACAAAGCCAGAUUCCCCAAGCGUUCGUUUCCAAAAUAACAAAAGCUUUCCUCGACGUUCUAUAUGCUUUCUUGGACGGACUGGUUCUCCUCGCCUCAGACGAGUCGCCCAUUGUGACUGGGAAGAUGCUGCCUUCAGAGGCUGCUGCACUGUCUUCUACGGGGACCAACCCUUCGGAAGUCUCGAACAUUACCGACGGGGACAUUCGGCUCCUACUCGUGAUUGCUAAUUUUGGCCAUCUGACCAAGAUUCUCAUUCCCAGCAUGAUAACACAGCUUGAGAAUGCUUUUGGGAUAUCGUUGGAAGUCGAUCGCCAGACGUUGAUGACCGUAGUUGGAGAAUUAGACAAGACUUUGUUCGACGGGUACCUCAAACCCAAAGCCAGUGUUGUCACGUCUAUCAUGCGGGCAGGGAUUCUUGACCCGAAGAUGGACUGGUAUGAAACGCCGCAACCCACAGAGAUCAGGACGUACAUGUACCAAACGCUGAUGUACCUAGUUAAGAUACACGCUCAGGUUAGCAGCGUAUCCGAGCAGCUUGUGGAACGCACCAUAUGCUCUCUGGUUGACGAUCUCUCAGAAGAAGCGCUGCGCUGCUUCAAGCAGGUAAAGCGUUUUGGAAUGGGAGGAAUGCUCCGAGCCACGCUCGAAAUUGAAUUUAUGCAUCAGACGUUGACUCGCUACGUCACGCCAACUGCUGCAAAGACCCUCUCCGACCUUUAUAACAAGAUAUCGCAGGCUUAUGCUAGACGAGCGGGCGAUGAAAACCUCCAGAGCAAUCUAGAUGGUGUCAAGAAGACAUUGGCGGACUCGCGGCGCGCCACAGGUAUCGAAUUCUUGUGCUUCCGGCAAACCAAAACUGUGGGACGUCCAGCUACUUCAGCAGGUCGCAGGGAACGAGAGAAAGAGGUACGGCAUCAGAAAGAGACCAGGCCAACGACAGCCCGAGAAUGA